GAGCUUGAUAGUCUCAUCAAGAAGUUCGAAGAAAAGAUAGGCAGCUACAAGGUCGAAGUGGAUCUUCAGGCGCUGCGGGACUUCAAAGGUCGAGUCGUGGAUGCGGUCCCAAAGAAGCCGAAGCGUGACUUACCUCAGACGGUUGCCCUCAAGCAGGCUGUCAACCGUAAGGAGCAGGCUCAGCGGGACCUCGACGCGGCCACCACGGCGCUGCUGGCUGCCCAGCAGAAGGCCCAGGAGGCGCAGGCCCUUCAGGACGCGGCGGCCCUCAAGAUGGCAGAGGCUGAGGCAGACCACCAGCGCGUCCUUGACGAGUACUACGCGCAGUCGAGGUCGGUCCCAGCACAGGCCGUCCCACCUGUGCAAGGCUGGAAGGCCCCCGAGGUUGACGAGUCACUCUUCGAGGAGCUGGACAGCUACGAUGCCCAGGAUCGCGCCAAGCUGCUCAAAUUCAAGGCGGACAUGCAGUCAUUGGCAGAGUUGGUCAGCAGCGCGUACGCCCAGUACAAAGAGUUCGAUGAGUUGGCGAAGCAGGCGAAGGCGGCGCAGCAGGCCCACUUGGAGAAAAGGCGCAUGGUGGGCGGUGCCGAGGAGGAAGACGUGCCCGCAGUCCCUGGGGCGGUGCAGUCGCAGGAAGUGGACAAGGUUGCGGCUCAGGAGCCGUCGGCGGUGGACGCGCCCAAGCAGCAGAUCGCGAUCGAGCGCGUCAAGGAGCAGUCGAAGGCCCACAAGUACCUCAACGAGGCAGGCAACAAGAUGGACGUUUUCAUGAUGCGCGAGACGCACGUGACAAAGGAACAGAUCCCGAAGGUGAAGCAGGAACUAUCGCUUGAUGGUUUCGACUCGGUGCGGGAGCUGGUGCACCAGCAGGGCCACAGGGACCCGUUCUCAGGCUUCUCCGCGGCCACGCUUCAUUUACGGGGAGGCAACUUGGUGGUUAUUGUAGCCUACCUGGUUCCAAAAGAUGGCCUUGUCGGCGUCAACGCGGCGAAGAUCAGUGCACUGGCUUCGUUUGUGCUCUCCCUCACGGACCCCAUGGGUCGAGGCAGCCUCAUUGAUUACGGCAUCUGCAGGAGUGAUCUGGCGCCGCGCCUCUCCCCCGAGGCGACGCACCGAGUGCCGUGGAAGACGCAUUGUGGACUUCGGUUGCACGUGGGAGGCAUGGCACAGGCGCGGCGGUACCGUGCUGCGGCAGUCCCGCGGCCACUCCCGCUACCUGCACGGCCACACCCAGCCCCAGACCCCACAUGCAAGACCUCGAUGCGGAAGUUGGAGAUGCAGAAAAGGAGGGCUGCGCAAUUGGACGAGCACCUACAGGAGGCCCACGUGGAGCUCGCGGACCACAUGGAGGUGGAGACCACGCCAGCCCCGUACCUCAUCCCACUCGAAGUCUGGAACAGGAGCACCUCGGCUGUGCAGGCUGGGGCGACGAUGACGAUGACGAAGGAGAUGGAGCAGACGGUCGGCGACCUCACGUACGGCAACCCGCAGCAGUGGCAGGCCGUGGACCAGGUCACCCUAGAGUACGCGCAGUGGGUCACAGCGAUGGAGCACGCCACCUUGGAGGUAAGUGACGUCACGGACGACAUGCGCGACUCGUACCUUGGAAGGGCGUGCGGCUUGGGCUCUCGGCUCACGAGGGCGCGGCCCUCGCCUGGGCGGGCGCGCACGCGCUUUGCGCCUGCUGAACAUUGGGGAGCGUGCACAACUCUGGUGGGUAGGUACCUGGCGCUACGACUACACCACACAGAUUUUCGUCAGCAACGCAAGUGCUUGAAAGACUUGGAGGCCCAGCUGAGCACUCUGAAGGCGUUGCCCCAGGAUGAGGUCGUUGGCAAGAAGGUUCUCGAGAUAGAGCGCCAGGAUGUGUAUGAGCUUGGUGGCCGAUUGGGGUCGCUCGAGAUACAGCAGGUGCAGGCGUUGUUGGCCAGGUUUGAGAAGCACCAUGCAUUGGCGCAGGCCCGUGGCUUUGCGACGCAGCGGAGGAGCUUUACCUUGUGGGCCAAGGAGAUGUGGAAGCGCAAGCCUGGUGCCCUUCAUCGCCAUGUCAAGGAGCCACCUGCGCCCACGGUCAUCAUGAUUCCGAACUCGGCUGACCAGAUUGCGGACCCAGACACGGUCAUGGAGCACAAGGCUCGGCACUGGGAGGGCAUCUGGACGGACCCUGUGGACACGCGGAGCCAGCUCACGGAGUACCUCGCCACCCUUUCGGCUCAAGCUGCUGAGGAGGAACUGGAGCCGAUUUCUCUCGCGCAGUUGGAUUACGCGUUGAAUAAGUCGAGUGAUGCGAAGGCGCUGGGCUUUGAUAUGAUUGCACCAGGCAACGUACGACGGCUGCCAGAUCCAGCGCGAGAGCAG